GGAGGACCGCGGGAGUGGUGAGGAAGCGACGGCGGUGCAGGAUGGAGGAGGGGUGGGGGGUUGGAUAGUCAGGCUGGGAUGGAUGAGAGAGUGCCCUUGGUGCCUCCGUCGGCGCCGGAGAAUGAGGCCGGGGAGGGUGGGAAUGCGGUGGAGGAGAAUUCGAGGGAUUCGGCUUACCAGAGAUAUGAUAUUCAACAGGUGGCCAGGUGGAUUGAGCAGGUUCUUCCGUUUUCGCUGCUCUUACUCGUUGUGUUCAUCCGUCAGCAUUUGCAAGGUUUCUUUGUCACUAUAUGGAUAUCAGCUGUCAUGUAUAGGUCGAAUGAUAUUGUCAGGAAGCAGACGGCUCUAAAGGGAGACAGGAAAAUCUCCUUUCUUGUGGCCAUUGCUGGUGCUUUUAUGCUUCAUGUGGUUGGUGUUUACUGGUGGUAUCGAAAUGAUGAUCUUUUAUAUCCGCUGGCAAUGCUUCCUCCCAAAGCCAUACCACCAUUCUGGCAUGCAAUAUUCAUCAUUUUGGUAAAUGAUACUUUGGUGAGACAGGCAACGAUGGCUUUCAAGUGUUUGUUACUUGUAUACUACAAGAAUGGAAGAGGGCAUAACUAUCGUCGACAAGGUCAAAUGUUAACUGUAGUUGAGUAUUCGCUGCUGCUGUACCGUGCCUUAUUACCAGCACCUGUUUGGUACAGAUUCUUCCUGAACAAAGAAUACGGAAGCCUCUUUUCAUCACUUAUUACAGGACUAUACUUGACUUUUAAGUUAACAUCUGUUGUUGAGAAGGUCCAAUCCUUUUUUGCUUCUAUAAGGGCAUUAUCACGAAAAGAUAUCCAUUAUGGGUCCCACGCAACAUUGGAGCAGGUAAAUGCAGCAGGAGACCUUUGUGCCAUCUGCCAGGAGAAGAUGCAUGCUCCAAUCCUAUUGCGAUGUAAACACAUCUUCUGUGAGGACUGUGUCUCCGAAUGGUUUGAGAGAGAAAGAACUUGCCCUCUAUGCCGGGCAGUGGUAAAACCUGCAGAUCUGCGAACGUUUGGGGAUGGGUCAACAAGUUUAUUUUUCCAGUUUCAGAAGGGAAUCGAAGGAACUCGAGUGGUGCAGGUGCAUGGUGGGUUUCAAUUGAUUACUGGCUUUACUUCAAGGUUUAAAUUAUUGGCGCUACAGUGCUUGCUUAUACCUGUGCCUGCCUCCGUAAUGAGUUCAACAGUUUCGACACCACGAGGGAUACUGUCACCCACAAGGCUUGGCUCGUACGGAUCGCCUGAUGCUGGGUCGUCUGUUUCUUUUACCCCGCUUGAACCGGACUUCAAUGAUGGUGACGAAACUGAUUUGCACUCUGUGUCCUGGAAUCAGGACUAUGGUUGCUUUGCGGCAGGCACAAGUAAUGGUUUUCGUAUCUAUAACUGUGAGCCUUUCAAGGAGACUUUUAGACGAGACUUGAAAAGUGGUGGGUUCAGAAUUGUUGAGAUGCUGUUCAGAUGCAACAUUCUCGUACUUGUUGGUGGUGUAGACAAUUCCCAAUAUCCACCCAACAAAGUUAUGAUAUGGGAUGAUCAUCAGAGCCGAUGUAUUGGAGAGUUUUCAUUCAGGUCUGAGAUUCGUGCAGUAAAGUUAAGACGUGAUCGCAUAGUUGUGGUUCUUGAGCACAAGAUAUAUAUUUACAGCUUCAGGGAUCUAAAGCUGCUGCAUCAGAUAGAAACUUUAUCAAAUCCCAGGGGAUUGUGUUGCCUUUCACACCAUCAAAAUACAUCUGUGCUGGCUUGCCCAGGCCUUCAACGGGGACAAGUUCGAAUUGAACAUUUUGGGCUGAUUAUGACAAAGAUAAUCAAUGCUCAUGAUUCUCAUAUUGCAUGCUUCACCUUAACAAUGGAUGGGCUGCUUCUUGCAACUUCUAGUACCAAGGGUACUUUGAUAAGAAUCUUCAACACGAUGGAUGGGACUCGCUUACAAGAGGUACGCAGAGGAGUGGACAGAGCAGACAUCUAUAGUAUUGCUCUAUCACCAAAUGUUCAGUGGUUGGCAGUAUCAAGCGACAAAGGUACUGUGCAUAUAUUCAGCCUCAGAGUUAGAGGAGUUGGGAUGAAUUUAUCUACUCAUUCGAAUGCUUCUCAAGGGCCAGCACUUUUUCAACAGAAUUCUUCAAAUUCCCUAGAGCCUCUUAUAUCUCCAAACACUGGAGCCAAUUCUAGUUCAUCAUUGUCAUUCAUGAAAGGGGUUUUACCUAAAUACUUCAGCUCAGAGUGGUCUUUUGCUCAGUUCCGCUUGCCAGAAGACACACAAUUCAUUACUGCAUUUGGUUCUCAAAACACUCUUAUCAUUGUUGGCCUGGAUGGGAGCUUCUACAGGUGCAGUUUCGAUCCAGUGAAUGGAGGUGAGAUGUUGCAACAGGAAUAUGUACGGUUUCUCAAAAUAGACAGUAGACCGGGGUUAUCUUGUGGCAACACAUCCUUCUGAUCUUGUGUCAUAGUGAUUUAUCAGUUGAAUGUAAAUAUUUGGUUAGUAUUAUCUUGUUUCAUUUUACUGUAUAUCUUGCAAAAUAAUGCCGAUGUUUGUAGCUGUCAUAGUGGCAAAUAUCGUUUGAAAUUCAAAUCAGGCUAAAGACAUUGCUGUUGCAUUGAUAGAAAUGAGAAGUAGAACUUCUUUGCUGGAGUUUUAGCUCCGGUGGAAGUAAGCGGAUCAUGAGAUCUGAGUUCAAUAAGAGUGAAACCACUUUACUUAUUUACGCACUCUU